AUGUCCAAAAAUCGUUUAAAAUCGAAUGUAAAUCAAGCAAAAAAUGAAUUACCUAGAAAGAUUACAAAAUCGCCGGCAACAAGUGGCACCGGCACAACAACUAAGGACAGAGACCGCAAGCAAAUGUUGGUUAAGCAACAGGAUAGCCUGGAGGGUAAAAAAACCACAAAACCAGCAACGACAACAACAACUGCAACCGCAAGCAAGAAACCAUCGCCAUCACCUUUGCCCAGCACAAGCAAAAUAAAAGAAAGGACCCGGACUACCCCAUCUCCUGGUGUGCCAUUGCGUGCUCGUGGCGGAAAAUCCACCCCUGAAGUGGUCAAGACCAAGCCAAAGGCCAAGACUAACGUGGUAAUGGAUAAUUAUCAUAGUGUAACGGUCUCAUCGCCACCGCAAAAGCGCAGAGUUCAGGAAAAACAAACAAAGGAAGAGAAACCCAAGGAGCCAUCACCAUCACCAUCACCUCCUCCCGUGCCAAGGUCACGGACAUUAACACGCACCUUGCAACCAGAAGAGGUUAUGGUGCUUAAAAGAAGCGAGCCCCAAGUGCAGGAAUCUGCACCAGAAAUAAAACAAAAACCAGUGGCAUUUGAAGUGAAUUUCGCAAGUGAAAAGACAAAGGAAAAUGAAUCGGACAACUAUUCAGAUGAUUUUGAAUCUUAUGAAUCAGAUUUUGAAGCAAGCUCCGGCACUCCUGAAGACGAGGAGGAAGAAGAAGACGACAAUGAAGAAGAACAGGCUGAACAGGAUGAGGAAGAAAAUGAAGAUAAAAAAGAUGACUCAGAAAUUAUAAAUAAAGUUAUGGAGAAUCUGAACGUUGUGAAAGACGAAGACGAUGCUAUCCAGGACGACGAGGAGGAGGAGGAGGAACAAGACGACUCAGAACUAACUCAGAAUCCCAUUACUGUCAUUCAAAGGGACAGAGAGCAAGAGCGUAAACUCGAUUCCGGUCACUUUGAUCUGAAUAUGAGACGCCAACCUCUGCUGAGUUCCCAAUCCACGCUCCAUAGCUUUGAUACCAACUCAAUGUGUAAUUCGGAGCAACUGGAUUCUGGUAUAAGCACCACGGGAUUGACUUCACCCAAUGCCAGUGGCCAGUUUAAGGUCUAUUAUGGUGGCUAUAGGGAUUUCGCCAGCCAACCCGCCUCCACCAGUCGUGGACGGGAAUUAAUGCAAAAGUUACGUAUGGAUCAAUUGGCAUUCCAGCAUUUCGAGAUGAAACCCUUGAGCUAUGAGGCUUACAUGCAAAGCUAUGGCAAAUUGAAUACCAGCCAAACAGCCAGUCAAACUCAGUCCCAGCACAUGGAGAAUGAAUGUCAGACUGUAGAGGUGAAUAAAUGUCACAGUUGGACUCAACAUCCGCCACACUAUGGCAAACAAAUGGUCAUCACUUGCAGUGGCGAUGGCGGAGAUGAGGAAACUACCCCACCAGAUUCGCCCCGAGAUUUGUACGAGAAGAGUUUAUUCCAUUUGGAGCAACUGCAUCAAAGGGAACACCAACGCUCGCAAGAACAGCAACGACAACGUCUAAGCAAGCCCACCGAUUGGGAACGUCUCAGUAGUUUUCUUAUGCGAUCAUCCCAACUGAUGGCCAAAGUCUUGAAUGACACUGGCUCCAAGACUAAACCUUCAAGAGGAUCUCAGAGUCUACAGACGGGUUUACUCAAUGCCCUGCGAGUCCGACGCAUUUUCGGCAAUGGGGGACACAUGGUCGUCACUGUGCACGAGUGUCCACCGCAAAGUAAUGUCUAUAGCGAGGAUUUUGCCAAUCUUCUGAUGGUCUGGUCGCUUAAUGAACCCACCAAGCCCUUGCGUUUGCUCUCCACCUGGGCGGAGGUAUGUCGUGUGGCCUUCUCCCAGCAAGCUCCCGAUAUUAUUGUGGCAGGACUACGAGAUGGCAGUGUGGCCAUGUGGGAUUUACGUGAGACUUAUAGCUAUUGCUCCAAAUUGGAUGGCCAUCUUAAUCAUUUUGCGGCAACUCAAUCGGUGGUGCCCAGUGCCAUGGAGUCACCCAGUUGGGAUCUGGGAGCCGUAGUCGAUGUCCGUAGUUUUCGUGGUCGCCUUAGCAAGGAUAUACAGUACGCCUCUCUAAACGAUUCUGGUUUACUUACGGUUUGGUCUCUGGUUGAGAGUGAUGCCUCAUCGGCCACAUCAAAUGAAUAUAGCUCGCCCUGGGCUAGGGUUAAGCUCCUACAAAGUGCAUGCUGUAAUUUAAGAUCUUACCUAGAGCAACGUAUCCUGCGGAAUCAACAGAGUUCCUUUGAUAAAACCAAAUCCCUAUUUCAGGGUAAUAUCUAUAUAGAUAAUUUGCUCAAAGAACUCAAUGAAACGCAAACUCUGUCGUCGGGGGAAGGACUGCAGGGUCUACGUUUCACCAGCAUCGAUGCGGGAAGUGAUCUCAUCUAUGUGUGCACCAAUCGAAAUUUCGUGCUCUGCUGCACAAGGAGUCUGAAAAUGGAACGUUUCUCAAGGAUCAGUGUGAAUGAGAGUCGUUUUCUCUUUCCCACCUCGCUGUGUGUGCUCUCCAAUGAGAGUUUUGUAGCCGUUGGUCUAUCCAAUGGUUCGGUGGUCAUACUCAACUGCAAUCAAAGGCAUCGUCCAAAGACCACCACACAAUUGCGACGACCUCCAACGUCGGCGAUAAAUGCUGCAGUCGAUGCGGACAUUGGAAAAUCUUGUGCCAUACAAAAUAUCAUCUUAAACGAGAAACGUCACUCGUUCGAUAAGGAAGAGGAAAAGGAGGAAAUGCGUCCAAAUACCGCUUUGGAAUUGUUACAACAACCGCGACGCUCCUACGAGAUGCGCAUCUUUGAUCAACAACUUUUACUCAGCGGUAAUGCGCUAAGAGAACAUCUUGUCCAGGCUCUUGUGCUCUCCUCGGACGGUUGGCGUCUCUUUGCCUUGGCUAAUGGCACUGUGCGUGUUUAUGAUUUCUAUUUGGAUCGGGAAGUUGUUGAUGACCAACACCAAAUGGGUUCCCAUGUCAAGGACAUAACCGCUGGACGUAGCUCACAAAAUGAUCAGUAUUUGCUCAGUCUUAACCAGGAGGGUUUAGUCCAAAUACAUUCAUCUAGUCUGUAAAUUCCAUCAAUUUUUUGGAAGCAAAUAAAGAAAACAAUAUUACAUUUCUUA